AUGUCGGUAAAUGGACAAAUCAUGCAACAACAACAACAACAAAUUCAACAAUUGCAGCAAGAAUUGCAAAAUGAACUAACAUCAUCUAAUCAGCUUUUGAGACUUAUAUCCAUCGAACUACAGAAAAUUAAACAGAUCACUGCCUGUGGUGGAGAGAUUGAAAGAAGUAUUGUGCAGAAUGCUACACUUGUUGAAAAAUUAGCCAAUACACAACAGAUUGAUUUAAAGAAAUUACCAGAGACUGAAGGAAUUUGUAAUAGUCAUAGUAAGAUGAUUGAAGAA